CCGGAAGCGUGUGCAGUGAGGCAGAGGCUACCUGGAAGCUGCGUGAGACCAGCUUCAAGGCUGUUAGAGGGGCCCGGGAGGUGGGGACACCUGCACUAAGGUUGAGAUAACGUCAUCAGCGUUGGAAAAAAAAAGAAGAGGAAGUUGGAAGCUGCAGACUUUAAAAUGUCAUCUUUGGCCUGUGAUUGCUCCCAUUUAGAAUCUGUGGGGGAAGUAACCAAAGAAGAACUCAUUCAAAAAUCACAUGGCAGCUGUCAAGAUUGCAGAGUCAGAGGGCCAAAUCUUUGGGCUUGCCUAGAGAAUGGCUGUUCCUAUGUUGGCUGUGGGGAAUCUCACGUGGAUCACAGUACCACUCAUUCUCAGGUCACCAAACAUUGUCUCACUGUAAAUCUCACAACUCUUCGGGUCUGGUGCUAUACCUGCAACAAAGAAGUAUUUCUGGAUCGGAAACUGUGCUCUCAGUCACCCACUGCAAAGACUCAGGGCAGUUCUAACCAGGAUACAAAAAUGACAUCAAGCCUUACUCUAAAAAUUCCUGCAACAGUUGUUUAUGAGAAUUUAGAUAUUGAGCCAGAUGAAGAGGACGAGCUGAAGACAAGAGGCCUCACUGGGUUAAAAAAUAUUGGCAAUACUUGUUAUAUGAAUGCAGCUUUACAGGCUCUGUCAAACUGUCCUCCCCUUACACAUUACUUUCUUGACUGUGGGGGUCUAGUUCGUACUGACAAGAAGCCAGCACUUUGUAAGAGCUACCAAAAGUUAAUGACUGAAGUUUGGCAUAAGAACAGGCCUGGCUCAGUGAUACCUACUAAUUUGUUCCAAGGAAUUAAGUCUGUGAAUCCAACAUUUCGGGGAUAUUCCCAACAGGAUGCUCAAGAGUUCCUGCGCUGUUUGAUGGAUGUGUUACAUGAAGAACUUAAGGAACCUGUUGUAGAACUGGAGGAGGACAGUAAUAAUGGAAAUCUAGAAGAGAGCAUAGAAGAGGACAAAAACCAUUCAGACAAUGAUUUCCAGUCUUGCGAAUCAUGUUCUAGUACUGAUAAUGCAGAAAUGGAAAGCAGGAAGUUAUCUGAGGAGCUUACAGAGUCUACUAUGCUAAUUCAAGAUGACCAGAAAGAUGUAGAACCUUGUAAAAGCUGGCAAAAAGAUAACAUGUUCUGCAAUAAUCACAGCCAUACCAGUUGCCUACAGGAUUUAGAGAAAAAUAUUGAGACCAUAGUAGAAAAUGAAUAUAACAACCAAGGGACCGUGAAAGUGCAAAUACAAAGCAGAAUAUCAGCUCCACCUAUGUGCCCUCCUAAAAAGAAAAAACAGAAGAAGUACCGGAGUGUGAUAUCGGAUAUAUUUGACGGGACAAUUGUAAGCUCUGUGCAGUGCCUGACAUGUGAUCGAAUCUCAGUAACACUGGAAACAUUUCAGGACCUGUCCCUGCCCAUCCCAGGUAAGGAAGAUCUGGCCAAGCUGCACUCAUCAAGCCACCAGACAUCUUUAGUCAAGGCCGGGUCAUGUGGCGAGGCAUACGCUCCACAAGGAUGGCUAGCUUUUUUUCUGGAAUACUUUAAAAGCUGGUUUUGGGGUCCUACGGUGACUUUGCAGGACUGCCUUGCUGCCUUUUUUGCCAGGGAUGAACUUAAAGGUGAUAAUAUGUACAGCUGUGAAAAAUGCAAAAAGUUAAGAAAUGGAGUCAAGUUCUGUAAAGUACAGAAAUUUCCUGAGAUACUAUGUAUCCAUCUGAAGCGCUUUAGACAUGAGCUUAUGUUCUCCACGAAAAUCGGUACCCAUGUAUCCUUCCCCCUGGAGGGUCUGGAUCUCCAGCAGUUCCUAGCUAAAGACAGUCCAGGUCAAGUUGUGACCUAUGACCUCUUGUCUGUAAUCUGUCAUCAUGGAACUGCUAGCAGUGGGCACUAUAUUGCCUAUUGUCGCAAUAACCUGAAUAAUCUGUGGUAUGAAUUUGAUGAUCAGAGCGUCACAGAGGUAUCUGAAGCAACAGUGCAGAAUGCAGAGGCAUAUGUGCUUUUCUAUCGAAAGAGCAGUGAAGAUGCUCAGAAGGAGAGGAGGAAAGUAACUAGUUUACUGAAUAUAAUGGAACCCAGCCUUCUACAGUUCUAUAUUUCUCGCCAGUGGCUGAAUAAGUUUAAAACAUUUGCAGAGCCCGGACCCAUUACAAAUAAUGAUUUUCUCUGUUUGCACGGUGGUGUUCCGCCAAAUAAGGGAGGCCAUAUAGAAGACCUUGUUGUGAUGCUUCCUCAGAACAUAUGGGAUAAUCUAUACUGCAGGUUUGGAGGUGGCCCAGCUGUUAACCAUUUAAAUGUUUGCCACACCUGCCAAACAGAGCAGGAGAAACUUGAAAAGAGACGUAAAUUUGAACUUGAAACUUUCAUCCGGCUAAAUAAAGCCUUCCAGGAAGAAGAAUCCCCAGCAGUUAUUUAUUGCAUCAGUAUGCAGUGGUUCAGGGAAUGGGAAGGUUUUGUCAAAGGCAAAGAUAGCGAAUGCCCUGGUUUGAUUGACAACACAAAAAUAUCCGUUACUAAAUGUGGGCAUGUAACUUUGAAGCAAGGAGCUGAUUCCGGCCAAAUAUCAGAAGAAACUUGGAAUUUCCUUCAGUCCAUCUAUGGUGGGGGGCCCGAGGUACUCUUGAGACAAAAUGUUGCACUAACAGAAUCAGAAGGAAGCCAGUCGGAAGAAAAGAUUGAUGUAGAAACACGAAAUGUAUAAACAUUGGUCUUAAUGUAAAGGAGCUUAAAUCCCUGUUUUUGUUGUUGUCUACGAAUCAUUCCUUUCGAUAGAUUAUGAGAUUAGAGAGCCCCAGGGCAUUAUUUUGGCUGUGAUUCAUUAUUUUUUUGUCCUAUUUAUGUUUUCUAAGAGCAAAUAAGCAGAGAGUUUUAUUUCAGAUCAACUGUAUAAAUGUAUGGAGAUAUUUUCUUUAAUAGUAGGCUAAAAUGACUUAAUUGUAUAUAAUGUGCAGUUGAAAUGUCACAUUCAGUGUAUUUGCCUGGCAUGUGAAAGAUAAUGAUAUUUGUAAGCUCUUCCAUCAUUGCCUUGGUUAAUGAGUGUAAGUGUGUGUGCUCUGUAUUAUUGAGUUGUGUGUGAGAGCGAAUUCAUGAACUAAACAUUCCUUAACCCUAUCAACAACGCACCUUUCUUCCCGUAGCACUGGGAACAAUAGUUUCACUGUUGAGACUGGGUGUAGCUAUUUUUUCUGAAGGAGAAUGUGUAGACACUGAUAUUUUAAAUUAGUGUAAAUUUUGUAAAGAAAAUAUAUGUAUGUAUGCUGUCUGAGGUAAUGUGACUUUUACAUAUAAUUAAAGGCAAGUAGAGGACUCAAAAGGGGAAAAUGGGUAAGAUCCAGAACCUUAUUAAAUAUUUUAAAUAGUAUUUUUUGUAUAAAAUAAUGAACUGGGCAAGUAGACCGAAUGCAAAAUCAUACAGUAAAGGGACGCUAUCAUGUCUUAAAAACAGACACAAGUUAACAUAAAUUUUGUAUAAUAUUGAUUGUGAAUAACUUUAUUUUUGGGGUAAAGCAUAAGAAAAAUACUCUUUUCCCAUUAGAAUUGCUUUACAAUUUUUAAUGUAAGUGAGAAAGACAGCCGCUGCACUUUUAAAAAAAAAAAAAAAACACAACAUAGAAAAUACAUCAAUAUUUGGCUGAUUCUACUUGUCUAUCAAAAAUGUCAAUUUUAUGGCUAUUCGAGUGUAAUAGGUUCUACUUUACUGUGUUUUUAUACAAAGUAGUCUGUCUCUGAGACCUGAUCGUACCCUUUAACUUCCUAAAUUGUCUCAGGAAUAGAUAGGUUUUAUGUUUUGAUAUUUUUGCACUUUUAGUGCAUGAUUAAAGGAGCACAGUAAAUGAUUUUGGAAGAUGUGUUAUUUUUGUAUGCCUAUGGUAAUGAAAUAGCAUCUUGUGUGUAUAAAAGUACUGUUCAAGACAGCAUGGUGGGUUGAAAAAGACGUCCUUAGCUUCUAAUUGUAGACAAGUUAACAAAAAUAAAGAAUUAAUCAAUCUGCACACCAUUUCAAUAUAAAUAAAUAAAUCUAAAACAUCUAAAAUAUUGACUCAUAAAAUAUUAUAACUUUAUUUUCUAUCAUUGACAUUUUUUUCUAUUAACUGUGGGAACACUGAAAUGACUACUGUGAAUAUCUUGUGGAUUCCACAAUAAAGGGUUUUCUACGUUA